AUGGCUGGCCGUGCGCUGUUGGUGUGCGCCCUCUGCGUGCUGUGCUGCGCCGCCGGCGGGGGCUGGGCGGCGGAGGGAAACUACUGCACGAAGCGCGACUGGAGGGACUUGCGGGCCGUCGCGAAGGACAUGAGCGAUGCGGAAAUUGCGGCGAAGUACUGCGGCCUCAAGCCGGCGUUUGUGCGGGGGCUUCGGGCGAGUCUGCAGGGCGAUGAGGUGGUGGGGGAUGUGUCUGACCACGGCGGAGGGAGCGGCGGUGUCGGAGUCGUUGCCGACGGCGGCCCCGCACAAACCACCGGAGCGAAAGGAAAAGGGGUGGAGGAAGGCGCGCAAAGGGAAACGCAUGGCGCCGAGGUUUCGAGAGAAGAAGCGUCCGCGCACUCGGGGGAGCACGGAGGACUGGGCGGGUCACUGUCACGAGAAAAAGAGCUGUCGCCAUCGCCAUCGGGCGAAACGGAAGGGCACUCACCAUCGGGUGCUCCUACUGGCGUAAAGGCCGCCGAAGGUCAACUUAGGACUUCGCUGGGCGGGCCAGGCGACGCUGAGACAUCGCAAGGCAAAGGACAGACGGAUAGCGGUCUGCAGGGGCCACCACAGGCAGUGUCUUCGACGGGGCCCGACGGCCAAAGAACGGUACAGGAGGAAAAGACAGUUGCACUUACUCCUGAAGAAGUUCCACCAACGAGAGCUGACGCCUCAGCAAGACAAGGUGAUGAACACACUCAAGCCUUGAAGAAUACAUCAGACGCAAAUGCCCAACAAACAACCGAAAUCGCUCACUCUGGAACUCCCGAUGUUGCUGCCGGCAGCCCUCAGGUGGAAGAGCCCCAUAAAGAACUUCGCAAAGACACCACAGGGCCCGGUGUCGUAGUGCCAUCGGCAGCGACGGCAGGGCAAACAGAGGGAUCGCCGACACUAACAAAGCCGCCGACGUCAACUGAAGAGCCAGGGGAAACGGUUCAGAAGACGGCAUUGGAGGAGACUCCUUUGAAGGAAAAAAGUGCCGAGGAGAUUGUGCCCAGUGAUGACAAGGACGGCGUUGAGGAGGAAGCUAAGCCCAAAGAAGAUGUGCCGGCCCCAGCUGUCACAAGUGAUACACCGGAUGGAAAGGCAGUGGAUGCACCUCAACCCACUGCCCCUUCGGGCGGCGGUGGCACUUCAGGCGAACAGACUGGAAAGAAGGCUGAGGCGAUUGCCGAGGAUUCUGCAGGGCCUGUUGCCGCAGCGGCCCCAGGAGCCCAACAGCAAGGUGUAGCUGCCGCUGGUGCACCGACGAGCAGCGACAAGGAACCGCCGCCAGCAGCAGAGGACACCGCCACUGAGGCCAGUCACGCAGCGACGACGACUGACGGUGGCAGCGGCAGCAGCCCCGCGGCGCAGCCGCAGCCGGCGAGUUCCGUGGUGACAAACGAAGCAGGCCAGACACAACAAAAGGAGCAGCCCGCAGUGCCCACCUCCCAAAGUCAAGCGGAAACGAGUGGCGAGAGAGGAGGAGAAGCCGCUCAGUCGGCAGCGGGGGAGGCUGCUCAAGCGGCGACCACCAACAAUUCGACGAGUGCAGCGAAGGCGGCGCCCGGCGACAGCGACGGCAGCAGCACUGCGGCCACGCGCCCCGCCUCCCCCCUUGCGCUGCUUCUUUUGCUUGCGUGUGCGGCUGCCGCUGCGAUGGUGGCCGCGUGA